CCAGAAGGCCUAAUCAGCAUACAAUAUGGACCCUGGAAAAUCAAUAGAAGAUCAGUUCUCCAAGCUUCAUCCAUGCCUGCCUCUCAAGACAAGAAUUGGGAUAGUAGGCGCUGGUCCAAGUGGUCUGUCAGCUGCCUAUGCUCUAGUAAAGCUUGGAUACAGCAAUGUGACCGUGUUAGAGAAGUAUCAUUCUGUUGGUGGCAUGUGUGAAUCAGUAGAUAUUGAAGGGAAUAUUUAUGAUCUUGGCGGCCAGGUUCUUGCUGCAAACAGUGCCCCUGUCAUCUUUCACUUGGCAAAGGAGACUGCAUCAGAACUAGAAGAAAUGGACUCCCACAAGCUUGCUCUCAUUGACAAUGCCACAGGAGAAUACGAAGAUAUAAAAGUUGCAGAUGAUUAUGUAUCUGUGAUCUCGCUGACCUUAGAACUUCAGGAUAAAGUAAAGAACUCAGGCCGAAUUGGGAUCCAUGCUCUGAGUGAAUUUGCCUCACACUCAACUCCAUCAUAUCUUGAACGUCAAGGAUUUAGUUCUAUUCCCAAAUCUGUGGCUUAUGGAUAUACUGCUUCUGGCUAUGGGUAUGUUGAAGACAUGCCUUAUGCCUAUAUCCAUGAGUUCACCAGAACCUCUAUGGCUGGAAAAAUUCGCCGUUUUAAAGGUGGAUAUACAAGUCUUUGGAAGAAGAUCAGUAAAUCACUUCCAAUGGUUCGCUGCAAUACCGAAGUGUUGGCAGUCAGACGUUAUUCUGAUUAUGUCAGUAUCGAUGUGAAAAAAAGUGAUGGUGAAAUCCAAAAUAUGGUGUUUGAUAAGAUCAUUAUCUCUGGUUCAUUUCCUUUGAACUAUGGAAGGACUUACAGAUCUCCUUCACAUUCGACAGAACAUAAGAUUGAAGUGAUGGAUAUGAGUGAUGGAGAAAAGGAGCUGUUCAGUAAAGUACAGACCAUUGAUUACUACACAACUGUUUUGAAGGUUAAAGGGCUGGAGCAUAUGCCUAUAGGUUUCUAUUACUUUAGUGAAUACAUAAGCAAUCCUGCAACAAUUGGGCAUCCAGUUGCAAUGCAGAGAUUCUUUGCUGACACAGAUAUUUUCUUAUUCUGGUCUUAUGGAAAUUCUGUCGACAUUAUGGGACCAACUGUGACAGAACUUGCAAUUGAAGCUGUUAAACGUAUAGGGGGAGAAAUAAAGGAGGUGGUUCUCCAGCGCCGGUUUAAAUAUUUUCCUCAUGUUGAUAGCCAAGCCAUGAUGAAUGGAUUUUAUGACAAAGUGGAGUCUGAACUUCAAGGCAUGAGGAACACUUAUUAUGUAGGUGGGCUUAUGGCUUUUGAACUUACAGAGAGGAAUUCAUCUUAUGCCAUGGCUUUAGUCUGCAAGCACUUUGCAAAUGACAAUCCUUUGCCAAAGUUCCCAUAUGUUAAGAGUUUGUUUCCUUUACAACACGAGUUGGAUAGAAGCCCUGCAAUCAUGACUGAAUUACCAGGAGUUGAGUACCCUAGUUUGUCUUCCCUCGAUGGCUAUCUGAAGCACUGGGGUACUCAUAGAGUCACUCAAAACAAGACACUUUAUACUUGGAUCAAUGAAGAAGGCGCAGUUGCUAGCCAGAGAACUUAUGCGGAACUUCAUGCAAAUGCUUCUUGCAUUGCUCAUAAGAUCUUGACAUGCCAAAAACCAGUAAUCAAGCCUGGCGACAGGGUUCUUCUGGUACAUGUCCCAGGCCUGGACUUCAUAGAUGCUUUCUUUGGAUGCUUAAGAGCUAAAGUUUUGCCAGUCCCAGUUCUACCUCCUGAUCCUUUGCAAAGAGGUGGUCAAGCACUUUUGAAGAUUGAAAAUAUUGCUAAAUCAUGUGAUGCAAAGGCAAUUCUAUCCACCAUUAGUUAUCACUGGGCAGUACAAGUAGGUUCUGUUAAAAAUAUGAUCUCAUUGGCUGGUAAAAAUCAAAAGUCCUCAGCUCGAUGGCCAAGUCUUCCUUGGUUGCAUACAGAUUCUUGGGUUAAGAACUCAAAGAGUGGGUUUAUUGAAGCUCUCAAGGAUGAAUCUGAGUCGCAACCAGGUGAUGUAUGCUUUCUGCAAUUCACAUCAGGUUCGACUGGUGAUGCAAAAGGAGUCAUGAUAACUCAUGGAGGUCUCAUUCAUAACGUGAAGUUGAUGAGAAAGAGAUACAAGAGCACCUCAAAAACAGUUCUAGUAAGCUGGCUUCCUCAGUAUCAUGACAUGGGGCUGAUCGGAGGUCUUUUCACAGCUCUUGUUAGUGGUGGGACUGCAGUUUUAUUUUCACCAUUGACAUUCAUCAGGAAUCCACUAUUAUGGCUCCAAGUCAUGAGCAAAUAUCAGGCUACUCACAGUGCUGGCCCCAACUUUGCCUUCGAGCUAGUAGUGAGAAGGCUAGAGUCUGACAAGACUAAAAAGUUUGACCUUUCUUCCAUGAGGUUCCUCAUGAUUGCUGCUGAACCUGUUAGGCAGAAAACUCUGAAAAGGUUUGUUGAUCUGACUCGUCCUUUUGGCUUAACUCAAGAGGUGAUGGCACCUGGCUAUGGCUUGGCAGAAAACUGUGUCUUUGUCAGUUGUGCAUAUGGUGAAGGGAAGCCUAUCAUGGUAGAUUGGCAAGGAAGAGUAUGUUGUGGAUAUGUGAAUCCAAAUGAUGAAGAUGUCGACAUCAGAAUAGUUGAUCCAGAGAGCUAUGAGGAGCUCAAAGACGGUGGAAAAGAAGGAGAGAUAUGGAUUAGUAGUCCUAGUGCUGGAAUUGGAUACUGGGAAAGGGAGGGGCUAAGCAAGAAAACUUUCAAAAAUGAGCUUGCUAACAAUCCAGGACGUAUCUACACUAGAACUGGGGAUUUGGGACGCAUAAUUGACGGCAAACUCUUCAUCACUGGAAGAAUCAAGGAUCUUAUCAUUGUGGCAGGAAGGAACAUUUACUCAGCAGAUGUAGAGAAGACAGUGGAGAAUGCAUCAGAAGUUGUACGUCCAGGUUGUUGUGCAGUCAUUUCUGUUCCAGUAGAAAUCCUGUCAACAAAAGGAAUCUCAGUUCCAGACAUCUCUGACCAGGUUGGUUUAGUUGUCAUUGCGGAGGUUAGGGAUGGGAAACCUGUUGGAAAGGAUGUGGUUGAACAGAUUUAUGCUCGUGUUGCAGAAGAACAUGGGGUCACUGUUGCUACUGUCAAGUUGAUCAGGCCGAAAACCAUUAGUAAAACAACGUCAGGGAAAAUCAAAAGAUUUGAAUGCCUGCAGCAGUUUACUGAUGGAACAUUGAAUAUUGUACCAGAGCCACUUCUAACAAAGAGAAGGCUUCUUCGGUCCUUCACUACAGGAACAUGCAAAGAGGGAAAAACCCCUCGGCCACACCUUGUGAAAACCUCUCCUCCACCAAGUUCCAAGAUAGGCAAUAAACAAAUUGUGGACUUCUUGAAACGGUUAGUAUCCGAGCAGACUGGUAUUUCAAUCAACAAAAUCUCUGACACUGAAAGUCUAGUGUCUUAUGGUAUUGAUUCCAUUGGGGUAGUAAGAGCAGCUCAGAAACUCUCAGAUUUUCUUGGUGUGCCAGUAGGAGCUGUGGACAUUUUCACUGCAACCUGCAUUGCAGACUUGGCAAGCUUCUCGGAGAAUCUCUUAAUAAAUGCUCAACCUCAAUUGUCCACUGAUCAAUCCCAUGUUGCACAACCUGAAGCUGAAACUGAUUCUGCUGAGCUCGUGAUGGAAAUUCCGGAGUCCAAUCACUCGGUUAUCUGGUUAUGCCAACUUCUAGCUAUCAUUUAUGUUGCGUUCAUGCUCUCCCUUCCUGCAUAUAUAUCAGUUUCUGCUUUCACUAGUUGUGUCUCAGCCACUCAUGCAUUGGUAGAAGGAGUUCCUUAUCUAGAUUAUAUGGCCCUGCUGACUUUUGCUCCCCUUGCUUGGAUGUUCUGUAUACUUUCUACCUGUGUUUUAAUUGCUUUCUUGGGGAACUCGUUCUUAAAACCGAAUUAUGCCCUGAACCCUGACAUCUCUGUCUGGUCAACGGAUUUUGUCAAGUGGUGGGCUCUUUACAAGGUUCAUGAAGUUGCAUCCAAAGUUUUGGCCGAGCAUUUGCGUGGUACGGUGUACCUUAACUAUUGGUUUGAGAUGCUUGGUGCCAGGAUUGGAUCCUCAGUUUUGCUGGAUACAGUUGACAUAACAGACCCCUCUCUAGUUUCAAUUGGAGAUGGAGCUGUGAUUGCAGAAGGUGCUUUGAUUCAAGGCCAUGAAGUGAAGAAUGGAGUGUUGAGCUUCCUCCCCAUAAGAAUUGGCCAACAUUCUUCAGUUGGCCCUUAUGCUGUUGUCCAGAAAGGAACUAUAUUGGCAGAAGACAGUGAGCUAAUGACCUUACAAAAAAGUGGAGGCAAGUCUGUUAUGAAGGCUAAAAUUUCUCAGAAUGGGCUAGCAAAGGUCACAAGUACUGAAACAGAGCCCAUCUACCAGUUCUUGGGCAUCUAUUUGGUUGGCUUCAUGGGAACCCUCUCAGCUUCUAUUGUGUAUUUAGCCUACAUUUGGAUGUCACAAAAGCCUCCUUCGGUUCAAGAGUAUGCAUUCUUUUGCUUGUUCGGCGCCUUUCACUGGAUACCUUACACCAUCAUAGCAUAUGCUACCAUGUUUGCUAGUGUCCCAUCAGACAUAAUUUACUUCUCCAGUUCAGCAGCCAUUGGCUACCUAGCAUAUGGCUUAGUACUCAGCUUCCUCUCAAGUUCUUUGACUCGUCUUAUUUCAAGUAAACAGGCAAAGUCAGCACAUCUCAGAACUUGGUUUUGCCACCGAAUGAGCAUUGCUUGCCACCUUAGAUUUGCUAAGCUUCUGUCAGGAACAGAAGCCUUCUGCAUCUACUUGCGCCUUCUUGGUGCAAAGGUAGGAAAACAUUGUUCUAUCAGGGCCAUCAAUCCAGUUUCAGACCCGAAAUUGAUAUCACUUGGUUCUGGUGUCCAUCUUGGUGAUUUCAGCCGGAUUAUUGCUGGAUAUUAUUCCUCCAAUGGGUUUGUUAGCGGGAAACUUGAGGUGCAAGAUAACUCAGUAAUUGGGAGUGAAAGUGUAGUCCUUCCUGGUUCAGUUAUUCAGAAUGAUGUGAUUCUUGGUGCACUUUCAGUUGCACCAGUGAAUUCAAUGCUCCAGGCUGGUGGUGUUUACAUUGGUUCUCAAACUCCAAUCAUGAUCAAGAACACCAUGCAUUCUUUGGAUGACCGGAUAGAAGAGAUGGACAUGAAAUAUAAGAAAAUAGUUGGUAAUCUUGCUGCAAAUUUGGCUGCCACAACUCUGAAGGUCAAGUCAAGAUACUUCCACCGAAUUGGUGUAAGUGGGAAGGGAUACUUGAAGUUCUAUGAUGAUAUUAAAGGCUUGCCACACCAUAAGAUAUUCUCCCCUGGAAAAAGCUAUCCUGUUAUUGUCCGGCACAGCAACAGCCUCAGUGCUGAUGAUGAUGCAAGAAUUGAUGCACGUGGUGCGGCCAUCCGAAUACUUCAAGAUGAGACUAGUGAUUCCUCACUUCUUGACUUGACACUGAAGACAGGGAAGGCAUUUUACGCACGCACAAUUGCAGACUUUGCAACCUGGCUAGUUUGUGGACUUCCUGCAAGGGAAGAGUAUGUCAAGCGAGCCCCUCAUGUUCGUGAUGCAGUGUGGAGUUCCCUUCGACAUGCAAACUCAUACACCGAGCUGCAUUACUACUCAAAUAUCUGCAGGCUGUUCCGGUUCACAGAUGGACAGGAAAUGUAUGUCAAGUUCAAGUUGAGGCCUUCCAAUGAUAACAUUAGUGAAGAAUCUGGUAAGGUAGAACCUGUUGGUAUUCUUCCACCUGACACAGGUGCAAUUCCUAGAGAUGAAAAGGAUACUCGCCCUCUACUUUUCCUUGCCAGAGAUUUCCAAAGUCGGGUCAAUGCUGAAACUGGAGUUCGUUAUAUAUUCCAGUUACAAGUCAGGCCAGUUCCACAGGAUGAAGCUACCCGAGACAUUGCACUUGACUGCACGAAACCAUGGGAUGAGGUCGAGUUCCCAUACAUUGAUGUUGGAGAGAUUAACAUCAACCACAAUUUGCCUGCAGAAGAAUCAGAACAGCUGAAUUUCAAUCCUUUUGUCAAAUGCCAAGAAGUCGAUGUCAUCAGGGCUUCAUCAUGCUCCCAGAGUGCUUCGAUAGACCAUGGCCGUUCAUUGAUCUAUGAGAUUUGUCAGCACUUGCGCAAUGGUGAACCCUUGCCAGAGGCUUGGAAAAUCUUCGUAGAGCAGUCUGAUGUCAAAGUAGACCUUUCUGGUUGUCCAAUGGCAGCAGUAUUGCAGAAAAAGGAUUCCCAUACCGUGACACUGGAAAGAACCGCCUUUCAGACUCUAUGGGCAACUUUUGCGCAGCCUUUUCUACAAACAGUUCUCCCUCAUUUCCUGCUUGCAUUAGUGAUCUUCUAUCCUUUGAGCUUGAUUCUUCACUUGAAGAAUGUGCAGAAACUCCCUUUGCAUUGGUUGUUCCCCUUGUUUUGGGUUUCUUCAGGCUGUUUGGCUGGAUUAGCUUGUGUUGUUGCAAAAUGGGUACUAGUAGGAAAAAAGAAAGAAGGUGAAGCCAUACACAUGUGGAGCCUAGGGGUAUUUUUGGACACUACAUGGCAAGCCUUUAGAACCCUAGUUGGGAGCUACUUCAUGGAAAUGACAAGCGGGUCAGUUCUCUUUGUGUUGUGGAUGAAGCUGAUGGGAUCAGAGAUAGAGUUGGAUCAAGGUGUUUAUGUGGACAGCAUGGGAGCUUUGCUCAACCCUGAAAUGGUGGAGAUUGAAAGAGGUGGUUGUGUGGGAAGAGAAGCACUCUUGUUUGGUCACAUUUAUGAAGGUGAUGGGGGGAAAGUUAAGUUUGCGAAGAUUACAAUUGGAGAAGGUGGAUUUGUAGGGAGUAGAGCAAUAGCAAUGCCGGGAGUGAUAGUGGAGAGUGGAGGCAGUCUUAGUGCACUCUCUCUUGCCAUGAAAGAAGAAAUUAUCAAGUCAAGGUAGAUAAUUGACAGGAUCAUGCUUACUCUUUUACUUUGAUAAAAGAAAGGUUGCAACCCUUUGUUGCCUAGCUACAUGUAAUACUAGUCUAGCUGGUCGUUUUGAAUAAGGGACUCCUAUAUACAAAAAUAAAAUGAUGAAUUAUCAAUU